CCGGUCCCCGCGGACCGGGGGGGCGCCGGGCGGCCUUGACCGUGGGCGCCGAGCGUCCCGGCCGCGCGGCGCGGGCUUUAUGUAAAUCGGGACCGCGCCGUGGCGUCCUAGGUAGGACGGCCCAGCCCCCCGCGCCUCGGCCCUCACGUCCAAUAAGAAGAGCCCCAGCUUGACACCUGCCUAUAUACAGGCGAGCGCGUCGCCGGCCCGCGGACCCGCGCACAGCCCGCACAGCCCACGCCGCGGGCGAGCGACACCUCGGCCCGCCACCAUGACUUCCAGUAAGAUCGAGAUGCCCGGAGGGGUGAAGGCCGACCCCGCCGCCCUCAUGGCGUCCCUGCACCUCCUGCCGUCGCCCACGCCCAACCUCGAAAUCAAGUACACCAAGAUCUUUAUUAACAAUGAGUGGCAGAACUCAGAGAGCGGGAAAGUGUUCCCUGUCUAUAAUCCAGCCACAGGAGAACAAGUUUGUGAAGUUCAAGAAGCAGACAAGGCAGAUGUAGACAAAGCAGUACAGGCAGCCCGCCUGGCUUUCUCUCUUGGUUCAGUAUGGAGAAGGAUGGAUGCUUCAGAAAGAGGACGUCUGUUGGAUAAGCUUGCAGACUUGGUGGAACGAGACAGGGCAGUUCUUGCAACCAUGGAAUCCCUAAAUGGUGGCAAACCAUUCCUGCAAGCUUUUUAUGUGGAUUUGCAGGGCGUCAUCAAAACCCUUCGGUAUUACGCAGGCUGGGCUGAUAAAAUUCAUGGGAUGACCAUUCCUGUAGAUGGAGAUUAUUUUACCUUUACAAGACAUGAACCCAUUGGAGUGUGCGGACAGAUCAUCCCAUGGAACUUCCCCCUGCUGAUGUUUGCCUGGAAAAUUGCUCCAGCUCUGUGCUGUGGUAAUACAGUAGUUAUUAAGCCCGCAGAGCAGACACCACUCAGUGCACUCUACAUGGGAGCCCUCAUCAAGGAGGCUGGCUUUCCACCUGGAGUCAUCAAUAUUUUGCCAGGAUAUGGGCCAACGACUGGGGCAGCAAUAGCAUCUCACAUUGGCAUAGACAAGAUUGCGUUCACAGGAUCUACUGAGGUUGGAAAGCUUAUUCAAGAAGCAGCUGGAAGAAGUAACUUGAAGAGAGUAACUCUGGAACUUGGAGGGAAAAGUCCUAAUAUUAUUUUUGCUGAUGCUGAUUUGGACUACGCCGUGGAGCAGGCUCACCAAGGUGUGUUCUUCAACCAAGGCCAGUGCUGCACCGCAGGGUCUCGCAUCUUUGUGGAGGAGUCCAUCUAUGAGGAGUUUGUGAGAAGAAGCGUGGAGCGGGCCAAGAGACGCAUUGUGGGGAGUCCCUUUGACCCUAGCACUGAGCAGGGUCCUCAGAUUGAUAAGAAACAGUACAACAAGAUCCUGGAGCUCAUCCAGAGUGGUGUGGCCGAGGGCGCCAAGCUGGAAUGUGGAGGCAAAGGACUAGGCCGAAAGGGGUUUUUCAUUGAGCCCACAGUGUUCUCCAACGUCACUGAUGACAUGCGGAUUGCCAAGGAGGAGAUCUUUGGCCCCGUUCAGGAAAUUCUGAGGUUUAAGACUAUGGAUGAAGUUAUCGAAAGAGCCAAUAACUCGGACUUUGGACUUGUAGCAGCUGUCUUUACUAAUGACAUCAACAAGGCCCUCACAGUGUCUUCUGCAAUGCAAGCUGGGACUGUUUGGAUCAAUUGUUACAAUGCCUUAAAUGCCCAGAGCCCCUUUGGGGGAUUCAAGAUGUCUGGAAAUGGGAGAGAAAUGGGAGAAUUCGGUUUGCGAGAGUACUCAGAAGUUAAGACUGUGACAGUAAAGAUCCCCCAGAAGAAUUCCUAAGAAGGUCAAGAAGGAAGGUGGAGGCCAGCCUGCACAACUCUCCCUCUCUGCUUUCUCUGUAGGGCCCAGCUCUCAGGAAUACGAAGUUGAGCCACAGUCCUAAUUUAAAGAUUGAAAUGAUGAUGUGUAGGCCAGGCAGGUAGCUGCACAACUGAAGCAAAAAAGGGGGGCAUGGUUUUUUGGCACUCUGUAAGGGAUCACCUUAAUGAUACCAAAUAUUGAGGAAAGUGAGAUAAAGGUAAGCGGAGGACACAUCCAGUAUCUCUCUCUGGAGCAACAGAUGGAAUAAGGGAGCUGUAUUAGCUGAUGCCUUUGUCAUAGAGAACUUUCCUCUUGAGGAAAGAUGGCCUUGCCACUGUCUUCAUUUUCCUCCUUCCAGGUUUCCCUGCUCACCACCCCUCCCUCUCUUCCAAGGACAUCUCAGAUGAGCUCAUUUGGGGGCAGAUGUUUGGGCUGGGAAUUAUUUUCCAAGGUUUUGCAGCCAAAUUACCAUUUCAUGUUAUCCAUUUCUUCAAAGCAAAACAUGAAAUGGUUUUAGUUAGAGCCAGACCAGACUGAAAAUGCCGGGAGCUGGUGCACUACAGAUGUACUAAGAAGUAAGAACUUGGGACAUUCCUGGUUUUCUUAUAUCCAUAAAUAACAAGAGUUAUUAGAAAAAAGAUCAGGAUGAUGGAGAUUGGAGGUCAUCAUGUGUAGUUCACAGCUUGAGCUUGCGGCAUGGUUUGGUUGUGUGUAUGUGUUUGUGUGUAUGUGUUUAAUUCCUUCUUGGUUAUUAUGGGAUAAGGCAGGGGGUGGAUUGUCUUCCAUAGAUGGAUAAGAUCUUUCCAAAGCUUAUCUUAAAACCAACCAAAAAAACAAUCCAAGUAGGACUGAGAAUUUGGUAAUGCUGGAUGCCGUAUAGAAAUAAUUCAGUUUCUAAUACUGAGUGAGGAUUCUUAUUAAAUGAAUUAUUUCUGUAAGUUGGAAUCUAUAGCUUUUUCUGCACCCAAGCCCCCACUGUACCAACACCUGCUACUCCCAGGGCCCUGGGUGUUACUUUGGCCUGUCAUGCCCUAAUAAUAUACCCUAAAUCCGUUGGCAGUAACCUUGGAAAAUCUGGCCAAGCCAGGAGGUUUCCUUUUCCAUUUGCAGAGUUGCAGUGUGCCACGACUGCCAUAUUCCACCAGAGCUCUCUGUCAUGCCCAGUGGCUCAUCCAUACACCAUUCUUGCCUCUCACCAAGCAAGUGUCAUCCACCUGCAGAGGGGGUGGCAUGAAGCAGGCCUGUCUCCCUUUCCUCCCAACCAUGCACUCCUCUUCUGCUUUCCAGUAAAUCCACCAUUUUGAUGUGGGAAGUGUUAGCUUCCUUUCCUUCCUCCCUCUUUUCAGCUGCCAAUCCAAUCCAGUCUCUAACCUAGAUGAAGUCAUUUAUUUAAAAGUACCAAACAUAACCUAGAGUAUGUGGAACAUGGGCAAGAUAUAUAUAGCCUUCUGUAUUUAACAGUUUUCUGUUUUCUAGUCAUACUGGUUUUCUAUUUGUAACUCUUGUCUAUCCAUGAUGUUUUUAAGAAACUCUACUUGCUGUUAUUUACAUAUGACAGUGCAUUCAGCAGCCUGACGGCUGACAGAUGUCCUCUUUCUGAGUUCUUCCAUGGGAAUGCCAUGCUCUUUUCCGGUAGUGUCUGUCCAAGUGCACAUAUCCAUUAACCAGCUAGUUACCUUUGAACUGCAAUAUAGAAUGUGAAAAUGAAGAUUUAUUUCUUUUAAUUUACUUAAAAAGAAACUUCUGUGCUAGCAAUAAAGCAUUUAUAUUGUGUACUCCUUGGGA